AUGUCGCUCAAGUCCAUCAACCCCAACGCCGAGCUCAUGAACGCCGAUGCCGCGCUGUUCAUGAACAUCAACGCCGCCAAGGGUCUCCAAGACGUGAUGAAGACGAAUUUAGGCCCGAAAGGGACGAUCAAGAUGCUCGUCGACGGUGCUGGAGGUUUGAAGCUCACGAAGGAUGGGAACGUGCUGCUGAGAGAGAUGCAGAUUCAAAACCCGACGGCGAUCAUGAUCGCGAGGACGGCGGUGGCGCAGGAUGAUAUCACCGGGGACGGGACGACGACGACGGUGCUCGUCAUCGGAGAGUUGUUGAAGCAAGCGGAGCGGUAUUUGAAUGAGGGUUUGCAUCCGAGAGUGAUCGUGGAGGGAUUCGAUGUGGCGAAACGCGAGUCGCUGAAGUUUUUGGAAACGUUCAAGCGCGCGGCGCCGGGUGUGGAAGCGCCGGAUCGAGAAAUGUUGUUGUGCGUGGCGCGCACGGCGUUGCGAACAAAGUUGCGGGAAGAGUUGGCUGAUAAGUUGACGACGAUCGUCGUCGACGCUGUGUUGUGCAUCGCCAAACCGGAAGAGUCGAUCGAUUUGCACAUGGUGGAGAUCAUGACCAUGAAGCAUCAGACGGAUGACGAAACCAAAUUGAUUCAGGGUUUGGUCCUCGACCACGGGGCGAGACAUCCGGAUAUGAAGAGAUACGUGGAGGACGCGUUCGUGUUGACGUGUAACAUCAGCCUGGAAUACGAACGAUCGGAGGUGAACUCGACGUUCAUGUACACCGAUGCGGAACAGCGCGAGAAGAUGGUCGCCGCCGAGCGCGCGUACACCGAUGAAACCGUGCGCAAGGUGAUCGCGCUCAAGAAGCAGGUGUGCGACGGCAACGACAAGGGUUUCGUCGUCAUCACACAAAAGGGGAUCGACCCAAUCUCUCUGGACAUGCUCUGUAAGGAAGGCAUUAUGGGACUUCGUCGCGCCAAGCGCCGAAACAUGGAGCGUCUCGUCCUCGCAUGUGGUGGUCAAUGCAUCAACUCUGUUGAGGAACUCUCGCCGGAAAUUUUGGGCCACGCCGGCGAAGUGUACGAGUACGUCUUGGGCGAGGAAAAGUACACUUUUGUGGAAAAAGUCGUCAACCCGACGUCGUGCACGGUACUUUUAAAAGGCUCGAACGAUCACACCAUCGCACAGCUCAAGGAUGCGGUGCGAGAUGGCUUGCGGGCGGUGAAGAAUGUGUUGACCGACAAGGCCGUGGUUCCGGGCGCGGGUGCGUUUGAGAUGGCCUUGAACAAGCACUUGAAGGAGAACGUCACCAAGAUGGUCGAAGGUCGCGCGAAACGCGGCGUCGAGGCGUUUGCGGAAGCCAUGCUCGUGGUCCCGAAGACACUCGCGGAGAACAGCGGUUACGAUCCGCAAGACGCCAUCAUCGACAUGCAAGAGGAGCACGACAGAGGCAACGUCGUCGGUUUCGAUAUCAGCAUCGGCGAGCCCUUCGACCCCACCAUGAGUGGUAUCUACGACAACUUUCUCGUCAAACAGCAAAUUCUGCACUCUGCGCCCAUCAUCGCCACGCAGUUACUCUGCACGGAUGAGGUUCUCAGAGCGGGCGUGAACAUGCGCAAGCGAUGAUCGACGCGAGUCAGAAACUUAUAGAAUUUAGUGGUGGUGCGUACGCACGUACGUAGUAGCAGCG